AUGCGCCACGCGCCAGCGGUCGCGGCCGGACAGGCCGUGACCCGCGGCCGCCCGCGACUCUUGGCGAACCGGAACUGGACCAUGGUCCCCUGCGCGCGACCCUUAAAGCCCGCACGCGUCGUGCGCCUCGGGUCAUUCUCCGACUUGAGCAAGCCCGCGGGACAGGCCGGUUCGCGGAAGUUCUUCAAUUCCGCCUCGUCGGAGGCUGACGCGGCGCGCAAGGUUUCCGUCUCGGCCAUCUCCGAGCCCGUUGUUUCGGACCAACCCCGCGUGUCGCCUUCCGUGGACGAGGACGUUCCCCGGAACCUCCGGCCUUCGUGCGUCGUGCCGGAGCGCAGGCGCCGGGUGAACCCCGCGCCAAAUCCGGUGGCGAUGGACAAGGUCGGAGCCGUCGUUCUCGCCGGCGGCGCGGACUCGAACAACCCGCUGACGCGCUCCCAGGCUCGCGCGGCGCUCCGCUUCGGGGCCACCUACAGGCUCAUCGACUUCCCAAUUGCAAACUGCAUCAACUCCAAGGUUCGGCGGGUCUUCGUGCUCACGCAGUGGAACUCCCACACGCUCAACCAGCACGUCAACUCGGCGUAUCCGCCCGAAGUCUUCGGCUUCGGCGAGCAAGGGUCCGUCGAUGUCCUCCCGUCCAACCAGACGGUCAGGGAGAAGAGCUGGUCGCUGGGCUCCGCGGACUGCGUGCGCCGGCACCUGCAGAGCGGCGCGCUCAAGGGACCCGGCUCGUGGGAGCCCGAGGCGUUCCUAAUCCUCUCGGGCGAGGCGCUGUACCGCAUGGACUACCAGGACAUGCUCAAGACCCACAACGAGACCGGCGCGGACAUCACCAUCGGCGUGAGCAAGCAGCGGCUCGGUGACGUGGACGCCACCAACCUCGGCAUCUGCAGCGUGUACACGGAUGACACGCAGGUUUACGGGUUCAGGGAGAAGCCCAAGCCGGAUGAGCUCCGCGAGCUCGCGCAGUGCGAGAAGAACGUGUCCGACCUCGACGACUGCCACGUGCACGUGAACAUGGGGGUGUACAUCUUCUCCAAGCGCGCGAUGAAGGAACUCGUCGGCGUCAUCGAGCACAUCGACGAGGGAACUUCCGUGGACUUUGGCCGCGACAUCAUCCCGAUGGCGAUUGGCUCCAACUACCAGAUCCACGCGCACGAGCACGGCGGGUUCUGGCAGCCCAUUCGCAACCUGCGCGAGUGGUACGAGAGCAACCUGUCCAUCUGCUCCCCCGAUCUCUUCCGUAAGAUGUACGCGGGAGCGAGCGCCCUGAUCGACGUCUCCAAGGAUCAGGUGUUCACCGUCCCCAGGACGCUCCCCCCGGCGCGGUUCACCGGCGUGAGCGACUGCGAGAGCUCGCUCAUCAGCGACGGCGUGGUCGUGGCGAACGGCUGCAGGAUCAAGGACAGCGUCGUGGGACCGUGCGUGGUGUUUGGCGAGGACGUCAGCGUGGAGCGCGUGAUUUUCAACGGGCACCCGGAGAUGGCGCACAUCCACGGCAACGACGUGCCGGAUGUCGGGCGAGGGUCGGUUCUCCUCGGAUGCGUGGUGCAGAGCGACGUGCUCAUCGGCGCCGGAUGCGUCCUGACCAACAAGAAGGGGGUGAAGAAGGCUGAGGUUGUCGACGAGAACGGGCACGGAUACGUAAUCGAGAACGGACUCAUCACCAUCCUCGAAGGCACCGUCCUGGAGGCGGGCACCGUGAUCUAAACGAAUGGAUGACGGGGGCGGGUCGUUGUCCCGGAGGCGGGUCGUUGUCCCAGAGGCGGGACGUUUUAGGGAUGAAGGAGGUUCUCCAACUCUGUAUCACCACUGUUUCAGCGCAUGGCGCUGAAAUUUUCUGGUCGAAAGGGAAGAAUUCGGGUGUUUUUUCUUCAAGUGUUUGAUUGUAUCCUGACCACUACUGGCAAGUGAACGUAGGAGGGGCUGGUUUAUAGCGAGAGCAUCUACAAAAUGAUUUGUCUAAAUCAU